GGGUUUUUGUUUCCUAUAUAGGUUAACAUGUAAUUUCCAUCCGGUGGAAAAGAUUCCUUGGAGGCUGAGACGGCACUCCAGUCGUCUGAGUGCACUGAUCUGACUGGUCUGUGCUGGUCACAUGUUCUCUCUCACAUUCCCUCACUCCUCUGCUCCCUCCUACUCCUCAUCAUCUCUCUCACCCACUCCUUCUUCCUCCCAGGCUUGCACCUCUGAUCUGUAGAUUUCCAGCGUAGAUUGAACACUCGCAGAGGGGAAAGGUCGAGUCGCGGCGUCGGACAGCAUGUGUGCGACACUGUGCUGUCAGGCUGACUCUUCCUUGUCUCCAGCGUAAUCCCCUCUCUUACUCUUCCUCUCACGAUCUUCUUCAGCGACAUGUAUUCCCUUGAUGAUUUCGGUGAACAGAGCAUCUGUCAGGCGCGCGCCUCAGUGAUGGUCUACGAUGAUGCCAGUAAGAAGUGGGUUCCCAUCAAGCCCGGGCAGCAGGGCUUCAGCCGCAUCAACAUCUACCACAACACUGCCAACAACACCUUCAGAGUGGUGGGGGUCAAACUGCAGGACCAGCAGGUGGUGAUAAACUAUUCCAUAGUCAAAGGCCUGAAAUACAAUCAGGCCACUCCGACCUUCCAUCAGUGGCGUGACGCUCGCCAGGUCUAUGGGCUGAACUUUGCCAGUAAAGAGGAGGCCACCACCUUCUCCAACGCCAUGCUGUUCGCCCUCAAUGUGCUCAGCUCGCCCGACAGUGGAGGUCCUGUUGUCCAGCGCCAAAACGGGCCCUCAUCAGAAGAAAGCGAUGCACAGAGGAGGAUGAUGGAGCAACAUCAGAUGCAGGCGCACAAGGAGAGAGAGCGACGGACAUCAGGAUCAGUCGUUUCCACACUCCAAUAUAAAGUCUCCACCCCUCCCACCCACCCAGACACUCCUCAUGAGUACAGACAGUACAGAGCUAGUACACUGCCUCCUUCCUACGUCCGUGUGGCCUCCUCCUCUCCUCCCUCGUCUGCCUCUUCCUCUCCCUCUCAGGAGAGAGAAGCAGGGGCAGCCAGGGAUAAGGCUCAGCUCUCUUCUCAGCUCUCCACCUCGCUGGCAUCAGCCUUUUCCCCAGUCCAGGCAGGAGUGACGACGCAGGGCCGACAGGUCCGUCAGAUCCCCCUGUCUCCACCCACAGCAGCCAGACACCUACACCAUCAGCAGCACCAACAAGACAUCAUGCUCCCCCCCAAACAUGGCACCUGGUCUGCCUCCCACAUGCAUCAAAUGUAUGCCCAGUUUCCCCCCUCCUCCUCUCCCCCAGUUAUGAUGGCCAUGCCCGUGAAGCAGGGAUUUCCCCCACAGCCCGUCCUCCCUGUGGCUCACCCUCUCCCAACCAUGAACCCGAGAAUGAAACCCCCACCACUUGACGCACAUCAGUAUCCUCAGCACCAGCCCCACCCUCACUCCAACUGCUACCCAGACAACUCCAACUCUCCUCAUUCCCAGCAGCAUCUGCCCCCCAAUCCACAGUACUGCGAGGCCACCACACUGCCCACUCUGAUAGGUCAAACAGCCUCAGGUCCCACCCCCAACCAGCUCCACUAUCCACCCUCCUUCCACCCUCAGCAGCAGCAGCAGGUGUACCACAAGCAGGUCCAACCCUCCAUCACCACCACCACAUACUCUUCCUCUUCCUCACCCCCCUCUUACACUGCCAUGUCUGACGGGGGUUCGCCUAAGAAGAGCCCCUCCCCUGUCCCCCAGCAGGCCCCUGUGGCCAGCACCAGCCCUCCUGUUUCUGCAGGUCACCCGUCUUCUUUGCUUUCUGUUGCACCUCCUCCAGCUGUGGUACCAGGACCCAUAGCUGGUCCUCCAGCCCCGCCACCACCUCCUGGGCCACCGCCACCUAUGGCAGUGCCCCCACCCAUGCCCCCUCCACUGCCCACUGGCGGAGGGCCUCCGGGGGGCCCACCAGGGGUCCAACACCAACCCUCAGGAUUGGCUGCAGCAUUGGCUGGAGCCAAACUACGUAAAGUCCAGAGGGAUGAGAGCAGCCCACCGGGGUCUGGAGGCAAAAGCGACUCCAACCGGUCUAGCGGUGGCAGUGGUGGUGGUGGGGAGGGGCUAAUGCAAGAGAUGAACGCCUUACUAGCUCGCAGACGGAAAGCUUCAGAGAAACCUGAUGAAGACGACUCUUGUGCACGAGGCCAGCAAAACUCUACAGAUGCCAUGAAGAAGCCAUGGGAGCGGUCUAACUCUGCAGAAAAGUCCUCUUUGGUGUCCAGAGUGAGACCCAUUGGUAGCACUAGUGAAGCAGACACAGAGUUUGACAGGAUGAAACAGGAAAUUCUGGAUGAAGUCGUGCGCGAGUUGCAUAAGGUGAAAGAUGAAAUCAUUCAUGCUAUCAGACAAGAAAUCAGCAGAAUCAGUACAUCCUAAUCUCAUCUGAGCAACAGCAGGUGGAGGUGAGCAGAGGGAGGAGCUUGAGAUAGAUGGACCUGCAGAUGCACAGACACGAGGACCGGGGGAAUGUUCUCUCAAUGUUUCUGCGACCUCACGUCGCCGUGCUGCCAGGCGCAGAGAUGUUGUGCCAACAUUUGAGUCUGCUGGACAGCAAACCUGUAGAAAGAAAAUGAGGAGCGAUACAAGAAGAAAGGUUACGAUGAGGGAUGAAGAAGGAAUAAAGGUGGAGUGAACUUUAGAGGAUGAAAAAUGUGUUGAUUCAAGGAUGGAUGAACUUUCACGUUGAUGUCGGUGUUGUGGUCCUCUCUGUGCACCUAUAGACUCAGUCGGCCCAGUCUUGCAACUCUGUUCUCUGUUCAGUCCAAGUCUUAAGAAGAAAAUAUUGUGUUUUCUAAGUUUUUACUGUUUUAUUAUUUAAAACUUUGUGGUGAUGACAAUGCUGUUGAUGACAGUGGGUAUUUUAUUGCUAUAGAAGGAGAAAGGAAACUAGCACACCAUUUAUGUCAGCUUUUUAUAUUUUUUUCUUUUCUUUGUUUUAUCCCAGUUUAUUUGAGGACAAGCACAAUAUGAGCAAAAUGGUGCUGAAGGUUCAUCUGCCAUCAGCUGGGAUACUUAAAAAAAACAAACAAACGAAAAACAGGCUUAUUACUGUGUUUAGCCUGACGUCAUGUUUAACCUUUUCUCUCCAGAGAUGUUAGAAAGAAGAAAAAAAAAAGAUUAUUAAUGUCUGAAUCACAGUUAGCCACU